AUGGAGGAAACUCAAGUGAUUAUUGUGGGCGGAGGUGUUUCUGGUCUUGCUGCAGCGAAAGUUUUAUCGAAUAAAAUUAAUUUUGUAUUAAUCGAAGCACAAAAUUAUCUCGGUGGUCGAAUUUCUACAAUCGAUGCCGGAUCGAAUUUGUUUCUCGAUAUGGGUGCUCAAUAUGUUGUUGGGAAUAAAUCGAAACUGUAUAAGAUCUGUAAAGACUUACACAUGCUUCUGAAUGACAAAGGCAUCAACGAUGAAACAAUGGUCAUCACGACAGAUGGGAGAACUUUUGAUUCGGAAUGGAAUGAUAAAGCCGAAGAUUUCUGGGAACGAUCGAUUGAUGAUGUCGAUGAGAAGUUUCGUGGUGGAAAAGUGAAACAUCCAGUAUCUUUUGCGGAUUUCGUUCCACAACAAUUCCGACAGCGAUUAUUGUCAUCCUCACGGUUUCCUCGGGAUCUCAUCGAACCAAUUGUUCACUGUUUUAUCAAUUCAGAGAUGAUCGAUAGUGCUUGUUCCCUGUCGAAUUUGAAUCUACUCGAAUACAACGGAUAUGGAGAUCCACCGGGUGAAUAUGAAAACGAAUUGAAAAAUGGUGGUUAUCGACCGUUUAUAAACUAUCUCAGGUCGUUUAUACCCGAUGAGAAACAAAUUCGUUUGAAUUGCGAAGUUCAACGUGUGAAAUACAUGGAAAGAGAAAGGAAAUUACUCGUUGAGAUGGUUGAUCUUCGAACUGAAGAGAAGAAAUUUAUGUUGUGUGAUCAAAUCAUUUGGACAACUUCAUUGGGAUUUUUGAAAGAAAAUUUUCAAAGAAUCUUUGCAAGUGAACGGUUACUUAUUGAACAAAAACAAAAUGCAAUUGAUCAAAUCGGUUUUGGAAUCUUAAACAAAGUAGUUAUCAUUUACAAAGAGAGAUUUUGGCCAAAUAAUAUUAAUUAUAUGAAACUAUUACAUACUCAACCGUAUCGACUCGACGAUUUAUCUCCUCAAUUACGAGCAGAACUUCAUUCUCAACAAGUUGGUCAACAUCUGAUUGAAGAAAUUGCCAAUUCACUUCACUUUUAUGGAGGUUUAUCAUCAACACAUAUUCCAAUCUUAACUUGUUGGUUCGCCGAUUCCUUAGCAAUCAAAAUUGAGAACCUAAACGAGCAAACCCUCGGACAAAUUUGUCAUGAAGUUCUCUGUCGAUAUCUUCGCCUCGAUCAAAAUCAAUACAAACCAAUAAAAGUGUUCCGGAGUCAAUGGUUCAAUAACAAAUAUAUCCGAGGAUCUUACUCUUAUCAAGCAUUGAAUUCGACUAAACAACAUAGAAGAGAAUUAAAAACACCAUAUGCACCGGAUGGAGUUCCGAGGAUUUUCUUUGCUGGCGAAGCGACUCAUGAAGAUUCUUAUGGCAUAGUCAAUGCAGCGUAUGAAACUGGUGUUGAAGUUGCUAAGAAACUUCUAUAG